AUGAUAAAUGAGGAUGGUAAUUGUGGUCGUGAUGAUGGUGCCAUGAUAAAUGAGGAUGGUAAUGGUGGUGGUGGUGAUGAUGCCAUGAUAAAUGAGGAUGAUAAUGGUGGUGAUGAUGCCAUGAUAAAUGAGGAUGAUAAUGGUGGUGGUGGUGAUGAUGAUAAUGCAUUGAUAAAUGAGGAUGAUAAUGGUGGUGGUGAUGAUGAUGCCAUGAUAAAUGAGGAUGAUAAUGGUGGUGGUGGUGAUGAUGAUGCCAUGAUAAAUGAGGAUGAUAAUGGUGUUGGUGGUGAUGAUGAUGCCAUGAUAAGUGAGGAUGAUAAUGGUGGUGGUGGUGGUGAUGAUGCCAUGAUAAAUGAGGAUGAUAAUGGUGGUGAUGAUGAUGCCAUGAUAAAUGAGGAUGAUAAUGGUGGUGGUGGUGGUGAUGAUGCCAUGAUAAAUGAGGAUGAUAAUGGUGGUGAUGAUGAUGCCAUGAUAAAUGAGGAUGAUAAUGGUUGUGGUGGUGGUGAUGAUGCCAUGAUAAAUGAGGAUGAUAAUGGUGGUGAUGAUGAUGCCAUGAUAAAUGAGGAUGAUAAUGGUGGUGGUGAUGAUGAUGGUGCCAUGAUAAAUGAGGAUGAUAAUGGUGAUGAUGAUGCCAUAAUAAAUGAAGAUGAUCAUGGUGGGGAUGAUGAUGAUGCCAUGAUAAAUGACGAUGAUCAUGGUGGUGGUGAUGAUGAUGCCAUGAUAAAUGAGGAUGAUCAUGGUGGUGGUGAUGAUGAUGCCAUGAUAAAUGAGGAUGAUAAUGGUGGUGGUGGUGAUGAUGAUGCCAUGAUAAAUGAGGAUGAUAAUGGUGGUGGUGGAUAA